GGAGUCUGCUAGAAAAGAGGAGUUAUAAUGGUUUACUCAAGCUUUUCAAAUAUAAAGGUCAACUAGGGUGUGCCUUGCUGGAGAACUAAACAAGAGAAAAUAGACUUAUAAUCCAACCUAAAGAGUUUUAAAUGAGAGCUAAGGAAGACAUGUUCUGGUCAUUAAACUUUAAGAAAGUUUAUUGAGUCAGCUCUUUGAAGAGCUCUUUAAAAGGUAGAUUUAAGUGUGUCCAUUUUAAGCAGAGAAGCUAACCCACUGAGAAGAGGUCUCACACUGUUUGGAUCACUCUUACAUGUGUUAACUCAAUCCUUAUAAUGACGCAGGAGAUAGCUAUUACUAUCCAUAAUCUAGAGAUGUGAAAAUUGAAGUUCAAAGGUUAAACAAUUUACCCAAAGUCAUACAGCUAGCGGUGAGUGGCAAACGCAGGAUUUGAAGCCAGCUUUUAGUUGUCGUUCUUUGUACCAUACCAGCCAGUUCCCCCUAACUGAAAACUGGAUGUGGGGCCAAAGGACCAAUGAGAUUCCAGUUUCCUAAACUCAUUGAGCUCAGAAACAGUAUCUUACUCAGCUGUUUUUGCAAGCCCACCACAGUAUGGAACCCCUAGUAGGGGUUCAGCAAAUGUGUUUAAGCUGAACUGAUUUGAACUUGAUCCUGUCCAGAGAUCCUGUCUAAAUUUGAUCCUGCGUUUAAAUAAAGACACCAAUCAAAAGGAGUCAGUCAUUCAUACUGCGGAAGGAUGGUACAAGCCAAGGGAGCAGCAAAUACAAAGAUUCCAGUGUGAGGAGAUGCUUGGUUGUAUCUGAGAAACAGCCAGGAGGUCAGUAUGAUUGGAGCUAAGUGGGAGAGAAGAAAACAGGUGAGAAUUAACUUUGGAGACCAAGCUAGGGAUCUGAUCACUGACUGCCCCUGCCACUCACUUUAAAAAAGAUUAAUUCCCAGGACACAUGUUCAACAGAUUAUGAUGCUUAACAAGAGAAUGGAAACAUGAUUAAGGUGUUAGAAAUAAUAAUGAUUUAUUGAAUGACUAUUGUACGUCAGGCAAUGGUGUAGAACACUUAAGUGUGUUCUCAUUUAAUCCUCACAUUAAUUCUACCAGGUUAGGUUUAUUAUCUCAGAGAACACGGAAACAAAUAUUAAAUAACAUAGUUUACAAUUAGUCAGUGGCAGAGACAGGAUUUGACACAUGUCUCUUUGACUCCAAAGCCUGCUCUUUGUACUGUACCACAUUUUCUCAUUUGAAAGACCAUUAAUAAGGAAGAAGAGAUUCGUGCAUGCAUGCAUUCAACAUGUAAUUAUUGUUCAUUUCUAUGUGACAGGCACUGGAGAAAUCGUAGUAAAACAUAAUACAGCAUUUAAAAACAUUUUUAUAUUAUUCUACUCUUACAUUCAUUUGUUUUUAAAACUUUGCAGAUAGAUGGACUAUAAGACACUUGCCCAAUAAACUGCUCAAGAAAUUCUAGGUUACAAUCAAGAUACAUCAGGCUGGAAAGUGGUUAAAACAUCGCUAAUGUAUUUGUAGAUUUUUAUUUCCUUUGGAGAAAAGACAACUGUUUCCAGCAAGGCUUCUAAAAAAUUCCAUGGAAAUCUUUUCAACUCUUCCUUUGUUUACAGGAACCCAGCACAUUCCAAACUAGUGAUGUUGGUCCAGACAAUAAUUGAAGAAAUCAUGCCUUCCAACUUAGUAAGCUUCAUCCUCAAUGCAAAAGAUGGAAUAAAGACACACAAAGCUGCAUCAGGAUGAGGAUGGCAUCAUAAAGGUCAUUAAUCAUUCCUAAAGAGGAAAUGA